CGGGGGCGCCCGGGCCAGUACAGCCGGUCUCGGGGUGCUCCCUUCUCCCACUCGCAGCUACCCCGUGGAGCUGGCUCGGGCACCCCACUUUGCCCCCUCGUUCGUCGCCUGAGCUGGGCGCGAACUUGCCCAUCCGCAGGUCGACCCUGCCCCCAAGAACUCUGUGCUCCUUGAGGUCGAGCGGGUCACCGGCCUGGAGCACAACGAUUUGGGGGCGACUUUGGGGAAGUGGCAGAGAGCAGUGGCUGCCUCCACUUCUCUCUCACGGUGCUGAAGAGGAGCCGCUCCGGGCCCCAGGGCGCUGGAUGACUGGCACGAGGAGCGCGCCCCGCACCUGCAUUGGUGUGUGAGAGCGGGGCUUGAGUGCCCAUGUGGCUGUGGAGUUCAGUGAUUCAUGACUGAGGACGUUCGGUGUCUGCCCUCUCUCUCCUUGGCACCUUUCACACAUGAGGGAGGCACGAGCUUCAUAGAAGGCAAGCACCUAGCGUCAAAGACCCCCUGCCCACCAUGAAGGGUGCCUGCGCCAUUGCAUGGCUGUUCUCAAGCUUGGGUAUGUGCAGACUCGUGCAGCCGGAGGCGCAGGAUGCUGCCCAGUGCGAGAGAGCUGAGCACCCCGUCAUUUCCUACAAAGAAAUUGGCCCCUGGUUACGGGAGUUCAGAGCGAAGAAUGCUGUGGAUUUCUCGCAGUUAACAUUUGACCCAGGACAGAAAGAACUUGUUGUAGGAGCAAGGAACUACCUCUUCAGAUUGCAGCUUGAGGACCUGUCUCUUAUCCAGGCCGUGGAGUGGGGGUGUGACGAGGCCACCAGGAAAGCCUGUUACAGCAAGGGCAAAUCCAAGGAGGAGUGUCAGAACUACAUCCGGGUGCUUUUGGUGGGUGGCGAUCGGCUCUUCACCUGUGGAACAAAUGCCUUCACACCGGUGUGCACCAACCGCUCGUUGAGUAACCUGACCGAGAUCCAUGACCAGAUCAGUGGCAUGGCACGCUGUCCAUACAGUCCCCAGCACAACUCCACGGCUCUGCUCACGGCUGGUGGAGAGCUCUAUGCUGCAACGGCCAUGGAUUUCCCAGGGCGUGAUCCCGCCAUUUACCGAAGCCUGGGGAUUUUGCCGCCUCUCCGCACGGCCCAGUACAACUCCAAAUGGCUGAACGAACCAAACUUCGUGUCCUCCUAUGACAUUGGAAACUUCACCUACUUCUUCUUCCGAGAAAAUGCCGUGGAGCAUGACUGUGGGAAGACCGUGUUCUCCAGAGCUGCCCGGGUCUGCAAGAACGACAUCGGAGGGCGCUUCCUGCUGGAGGACACCUGGACCACCUUCAUGAAGGCUCGCCUGAACUGCUCCCGGCCCGGGGAGGUGCCCUUCUACUACAACGAGCUGCAGAGCACGUUCUUCCUACCUGAGCUGGAUCUCAUCUAUGGCAUCUUCACCACCAACGUGAACAGCAUUGCGGCCUCAGCUGUGUGCGUCUUCAACCUCAGCGCCAUCUCCCAGGCCUUCAACGGGCCCUUCAAGUACCAGGAGAACUCCCGCUCGGCCUGGCUGCCGUAUCCCAACCCCAACCCCAACUUCCAGUGUGGCACUGUGGACCAAGGCCUGUAUGUGAACCUGACGGAGAGGAACCUGCAGGAUGCUCAGAAGUUCAUUCUGAUGCAUGAAGUGGUGCAGCCAGUGACCACAGUGCCCACCUUCAUGGAGGACAACAGCCGCUUCUCCCACGUGGUCGUCGAUGUGGUGCAGGGCAGAGACACCCUCGUCCACAUCCUCUACCUGGCCACAGAUUAUGGCACCAUUAAAAAAGUGCGUGCGCCACUGAAUCAGUCCUUGGGAAGCUGUUUGCUGGAAGAGAUCGAGCUCUUCCCGGAGAGGCGCAGGGAGCCCAUCCGGAGCCUGCGGAUCCUCCACAGCCAGAGCGUCCUGUUCGUGGGGCUGCAGGAGCAUGUAGUCAAGAUCCCCCUGAAGAGGUGCCAGUUCCACCGCACACGCAGCACCUGUAUUGGCGCCCAGGACCCUUACUGCGGCUGGGACGUGGUGAUGAAGAAAUGCACGAGCCUGGAGGAGAGCCUCAGCAUGACCCAGUGGGAGCAGAGCCUCUCCACCUGCCCGAUCAGGAAUCUCACUGUGGACGGGCACUUUGGACCAUGGUCUCCGUGGACGCCCUGCACGCACACGGAUGGCACUGCUGUGGGAUCCUGCCUCUGCCGGUCCCGUUCCUGUGACAGCCCGGCCCCCCAGUGUGGCGGCUGGCAGUGCGAAGGCCCCAGCAUGGAGAUCGCCAACUGUUCCAGGAACGGAGGCUGGACUCCCUGGACCUCAUGGUCGCCCUGCAGCACCACCUGUGGGAUCGGCUUCCAGGUGCGGCAGCGGUCUUGCAGCAACCCCACCCCCAGGCAUGGGGGCCGGGUGUGUGUGGGACAGAACCGUGAGGAGAGAUACUGCAAUGAGCAUUUGCUAUGUCCACCGCACAUGUUCUGGACAGGCUGGGGUCCUUGGGAACGGUGCACAGCCCAGUGUGGUGGUGGCAUUCAAGCUCGCCGCAGGACCUGUGAGAAUGGGCCCGAUUGUGCAGGCUGCAACGUGGAAUACCAGCCUUGUAACACCAAUGCAUGUCCUGAGCUGAAGAAGACCACGCCCUGGACGCCCUGGACACCUGUCAACAUCUCUGACAAUGGCGGCCACUAUGAACAGCGAUUCCGGUACACCUGCAAAGCCCGCCUGCCCGAUCCCAAUUUGCUGGAAGUGGGAAGGCAGAGGAUUGAAAUGCGGUACUGUUCCAGCGAUGGGACCAGCGGCUGCUCCACAGAUGGCCUGUCUGGGGACUUCCUGCGAGCCGGGAGAUACUCAGCUCACACCGUCAACGGGGCCUGGUCAGCCUGGACGUCGUGGUCACAGUGCAGCCGCGACUGCAGCAGGGGCAUUCGGAACCGGAAGCGGGUCUGCAACAAUCCUGAGCCCAAGUACGGUGGCAUGCCCUGCCUGGGCCCGUCCCUGGAGUACCAGGAAUGCAACAUCCUGCCCUGCCCAGUGGACGGCGUGUGGUCCUGCUGGUCAUCCUGGUCAAAAUGCUCAGCCACAUGCGGGGGUGGACACUACAUGAGGACCCGCUCAUGCACAAAUCCAGCCCCAGCCUACGGAGGGGACAUCUGCCUGGGACUGCACACGGAGGAGGCGCUCUGCAACACCCAGCCCUGCCCAGAAAGCUGGUCAGAGUGGUCAGACUGGUCCAUGUGCGAUGCGUCUGGCAUCCAGAUCCGCGCCCGCCAAUGCAUCCUUCUGUUCCCUGUGGGUGUCCAGUGUUCCGGAAACACCACCGAGACCCGGCCAUGCGUUUUUGACUCUAAUUUCAUCCCAGAAGUAUCUGUUGCAAGAUCAAGCAGUGUAGAGGAGAAAAGGUGUGGAGAGUUCAACAUGUUCCACAUGAUCGCCGUGGGGCUCAGCAGCUCCAUCCUCGGCUGCCUCCUCACCCUGCUCAUCUACACCUACUGCCAGCGCUACCAGCAGCAGUCCCAUGACGCGACCGUCAUCCACCCCGUCUCUCCCGCCCCCCUCAACACCAGCAUCACCAACCACAUCAACAAACUGGACAAGUACGACUCCGUGGAGGCCAUCAAGGCAUUUAACAAAAACAACUUGAUCCUAGAGGAAAGAAACAAGUACUUCAACCCGCACCUCACGGGGAAGACCUACUCCAACGCCUACUUCACAGAUCUCAAUAAUUACGAUGAGUACUAGUAGCGCUUAGUCCUCGGUUUUUGUAAAUCCUCAGUUCCUCAAAGCCUGUGCUCCAUGACUGCCCAUGUUUCUGAGGCUUCAGAGAUAAAGUGUGGAUAGACUUCAAGUGCAUUUCAAGCCAAUAGUGUCCCAUUGCUGCGAAAAAAAAAAUACACAUCCUUAAAAGCAACAAAAAUUUAACUGUGGCGUCGUGAAAGUCUGGUCCAUAACAAUCACUUGAUCAUUGUUGAGUGAGCCACGGUGUGACAUUUGUUUUUUAAUUAUGUUCAGUCCAUUUUUCUAAAAACCUAUUGUUUCCAUGAGCUUUAUUUUAUCAGUGUGCCGCUCAUAUUGGAAGGAAUCUUUAGAAAGAAAAAAAAUGUCUUUUUGCUUUUAAGUGUAAAUCUUCCUGAUGUUUUAAUUUGAGGAAAUGGGUAUCAGAGACCGCCUCCCUCCACAAGGUCCAUAGUAUUUGAUAAAACAACAAAAAUGAAGUGGCCAGGCAGUUUUUCACCCUGGAUCACCCAAGGUCCUGAUCUGGGUGAUAUUGUGGAUUCUCAGAAGCAAACUUGUGUUUGGACUUGAAAUAAUUCUUGCCCAGGGAAGCCCAGGGGUUCCACCUGACCUGGACCUGCAGAGGUAAGGGUCAACCAAGACGUCCUGCUGUGGCCUGGGGUAUGACUGUUCUCCCUGUGCAGGUGAGCAAGGGGGCAGAGGCUCAGACACAGGGAGGUGUGGCCGUGGCUAGCAGCUUGCUGCAGAACCAACCUUCUUCUGACUCUUGGACUGCAUGGUGUUCCCGGGAGAUCCUCGCCACACUGUUGGCCUGGAGCCUCCCGUCUGGCCACGGUGACAUCCUGAAGAGCCGGCAUCUAGAGGAACUACUGGUUCAGCAUUUGGACAGACUGUAUACCUUCUUUCUCCCUGCAAAGAACAAUUCUGGACUUUUAUGAUGCUGAUUAAGGAAAGUAUUAAAAAUACUGAACUAUAA